AUGAGUCUUAUAUCAAACCCUGUGUCCAGUGCUGCUGUUGUCGAUAUACCCUUAACAAAAAUACAAUCCAGGUUCAGUAUGACCUUGUACAUUUUGGCUGCGACCACAGCAGCAACUUUACUCUAUGGCUGCAUACUCGCCAUAUACAGACUCUUCUUCCACCCUCUGGCCAAAUACCCAGGACCACGCCUAGCCGCCCUGACAGAUUGGUAUGCAACAUUCUACGCAUGGCGAGGAGAUCUGCACAAGAAGAACCGCCAAUGGCACGACAAAUAUGGCAUGACGGUCCGCUUCGGGCCCAACGCACUCUGUUUCAACUCCUCCACUGCCAUGAAUGAUAUCUAUGGUGUCCGGGCCAACGUGCGCAAAUCCGACGGAUAUGCCUCGUUGUCCGCGAGCCGUUGCACCCCCAACACGGUCACCACAAUCGACAAAGGUGUCCACGGCUUCAAGCGCCGCAUCAUGGCCCAGGUAUACACCGAACGAAGCCUCAAGGAGAUUGAAGACCGCAUCCUCGACAACAUCUCCGACUUUGUCGACGUACUCGGCUCAGAAUCAAACGCCAUGACAGGCUGGACUGCGCCCAAGGAUAUAGCGCAGACAUGCGACUGGCUCACCUUCGACGUCAUCAGUGAUCUCUGCUACGGCGAGGACUUUGACAUGCUCCAUUCCAGCGAGAUGCGGUGGUUCCCAUCUGUGGUCCGCAAGAUCGCCCAGCGCAGUAUGAUGGGCCUCAUCCAACCCAAAUUCUUCCAACUCAAACUCGACACCAUCCUCCUCGCCAACCAAUACAAGGACAUCAUCGCGGCAGGUGCCUGGGUCCGCCAGCGCGCCGAAGCCCGCGCCCAACUGGGCAACGACAUCAAAAAGAAGGACAUGUUCUACACGCUGAUGAACGCCGUCGACCCGAAAACCGGGCUGCAGUUCACCCAGAAGGAUCUGUGGGUUGAGUCCAUGCUGUUGUUAGCAGCGGCUAUAAGCGCUGUAAUCCACUACCUCCUCCACCACCCCACCCACCUAGCAAAUCUAACCCGCACCCUCCGCACCCUCUUCCCCACCGAAGCCUCCAUCUCCUUCUCCAACACAACCCUAAACACAGAAAUGGAAACAGAAGCAGAAGCAGAGAAAAGCACAGACACCCUCCUGACAUGCCCCCAAACCGCGCUCCUCCGCUCCUGCAUCAACGAAUCCAUGCGUCUCGCCCCCUCCGUGUCGAGCGCACCCCCGCGCACCGUCCUACCCGGCGGUCUGCUCGUCGACGGGGAGCCCAUCCCCCCUGGCACCACAGUCGGAACAUCAAUCUACACGAUCCAUCGCAACGAGGAGUACUUCGACCACCCGGAUGAGUUUGAUCCGCUGCGGUGGAUGGAUGAGGAUACUGAGAUAGGAAAGGAGAAAGUGAGGCGCGCGGGGAUGGGGUUCGCGCCGUUUAGUGUGGGCGCGAGGUCGUGUGUCGGGUGGAGAUUGGCGUGGGUGGAGAUGAAUGUUGCCAUUGCGAGGGUGUUAUGGAGGUUCGAUAUGAGGUUGGCAUCUGUAGCUGGAGAUGGAACUGGAGCGGGGUGUUCCUGUGGUAGUGGGAACGGGGUAGGCGAGAAGGGCAGGGAAGGGGGUUGUGACUAUGAGUUCAUGGGGUGGGUGACUUCGUCGGCGGAGGGGCCGGUGGUGGAGUUUAGGAGGAGGGAUGAUUUAGAGAUGUGAUGAUUCUGUGGAAAGGAGCGAGGGUGUGG